GCCUUUUCUCCCACCAUUGCCAAGGUUUUUCUUGGGUUUUAGGGUUUAGGAAAAACCAAUCUCUUCAUCAAAGUCUUCCAUGGCGAAAAAUCUCAUCGAAACGAGAGAAAUGUCGGCAGCAGCAGCAGAAGAGGAAGAAGAAGAAGAACAACAGAUGGAAGAUUGGGACGAUUGGAAAACCGACGAAGAAGAUUCUGAUCCUGAUUUCCUAUGCCUGUUUUGCGAUCUGAAGUGGUGUUCGAUGGACCUCCUCAUCGAUCACUGCCGUUCAGAGCACUCAUUCGAUUUUCAGGCCAUCAGAAACAAUCUACAGUUGGAUUUUUACGGCUCGUUCAAGCUCAUCAACUACGUGCGGUCCCAGGUGGCAGCAAACAAAUGUUGGAAUUGCGGGUCCACCUUUCAGUCCAACAAGGAUCUUCAGAACCAUUUACACGCAGCUUUUAACUUUGGAAAGGAUGGGAAACUACCAUGGCAGGAUGAUAUGUAUCUGAAACCUUUUAUGCCAGAGGAUGCACUCUUGCAUAGUUUUGGUGAUGAUGAAGAUGGUGAAGAUGAUUAUACUACAUCAGUUGAUAGGGAGGAACUGUUAAGAGAGUUAGCCAACAGCAAAGACCUUGGAGAAAUUUGCAUUGAUGAUGAGGACAUCUUAGAUACUGUUCCAUCUGAGCUUGUUGCUCCAAACAAAAAUAGAAGUAAGGAGGCCAGUUGUGUGAUGAACGGCUCCCUAAACCUAACCCAUUCUCUGGAGAAGGUUGCGAUGAACAGAAUGGCUUCAGGAGAAGAUCUUGGAUCACCUAGUCAAAAACAAAAAGAUAAGAAUCUGAGAGUUUCUUUUGCCAAUGUUGCUGCAAAGGAAAUCAAGAAUGUGAAUGAGAGUUAUUUUGGUGCGUAUGGCUCUUUUGGCAUCCAUAAAGAAAUGAUCAGCGACAAGGUUAGAACGGAUACUUAUAGAGAUGCAAUUUUGAGCAAUCCUUCUCUCAUGAACCAUGCAACUGUGAUGGAUGUUGGCUGCGGCACUGGAAUACUAAGUCUCUUUGCAGCUCGAGCAGGAGCUUCAAGAGUAAUUGCAGUUGAAGCGAGUGAAAAGAUGGCCGCUGUGGCAACUCAGAUUGCAAAGGACAAUGGCCUAUUGCAGAGUGGAAACCAGGACGGAGAGAAAAGGGAUGGGGUAAUUACUGUGGUGCAAUGUAUGGUUGAGGAGCUCAACAAAUCAAUUCAAGUUCCGCCCAACAGUGUUGAUGUGUUAAUGAGUGAGUGGAUGGGAUAUUGCCUAUUAUAUGAAUCAAUGCUCAGCUCUGUACUCUAUGCACGCGAUCGCUGGUUGAAACCUGGUGGUGCCAUUCUACCAGACACUGCAACUAUUUUUGUAGCUGGCUUUGGAAAGGGUGGGACCAGUUUUCCGUUUUGGGAGAACGUGUAUGGUUUUGAUAUGUCUUGCAUUGGCAAGGAAGUUGUGGAGGAUGCUGCUCAACUUCCUAUUGUUGAUGUGAUUGACAGUCGUGAUAUAGUGACGAAUACCGUGGUUCUCCAGAACUUUGAUCUGGUGACCAUGAAGCCGGACGACAUGGAUUUCACUACAAACAUUGAGCUGGAGCUGAAGUCUGAUCUUCACAGAGACUCCAAAGAUGCAAAAUCCGAAACUACUUCAUGUUAUGGAUUUGUCUUAUGGUUCGAGACUGCUUUCAGUAGCAGAUUUUGCAAGGAGAUGCCCACUACCCUGUCGACAUCCCCCUACUGUCCAAAGACUCACUGGUCUCAGACCAUCGUCACAUUUAGGGAACCUGUUGUGAUGGGACCAGUGAAACCUGCUGCCGAUGUGGGGGCCACAAUUGGCACUGAUGCAUGUCCUGCUGCAAGGAUCGGGGCCCGCAUCAGCAUUGCAAGGUCUGCAAGGCACCGCAGCAUAGACAUAUCGUUGGAGACUACUGGAAUCAGCUUUGAUGGCCGGAAGCGUAGUUUCCCUGUGCAGAUCUUUAAUCUAUGACAUGGGAUAUCUGAUUGAUAGGCGAGAUUGUUCCAGCUGGCAGUUUUCCGCAUUUGCCCUGGGAUUUGGCAUAUCAGUCGGGAGUAAUCCCUGGUUGUAAGUGAGUUAUCAUGCCCUUGAACUUCUUGUGUUUUUGUUGAGUAUGUAACCUAAAAAUGAUUUUCUUUUGUUCUUUUUUUGAUAUGAUCAGCUCAUGCUUAUAUCU